AGCUUCUGUUCAAGUAAAAAAAAAAAAAACGAAAAAACAAACAUUGAGGAUUAGAGUCCAUUCAAAUAUGUUAGCUGGAAGCAGAACAUUACUAUGGACCCUGCUGCUUCAGUUUAUAGGAGGUGUUUUCUCCAAGAGGUGCAACAUGGAGUGCCGCCAGCAACUUGCAUGUGCCGUGAGAGGCUCGUCUGUUCUCUUUUUUUGUCUUUUUAACGAUACGAAAAGACAUGAAGAAAAGCGAUUCAUAUGGGGUCAUUUGAGGUUAUCUAAAGUUCAUUUAAUUUUAAAUCAGUCAAGAAAUGUCUCUGGAAAGUUUGAAUACACUGGAGACAGGGAGCACAACUGCUCUAUGAAAUUACACCAAGUGGAGCAUUCGGAUGCCGGAAAAUAUUUUUUCAGAUACAACAACAACAAAGGAUGCCCCAAUAAAUGUAUAUUUUUAAAGGUCACCGAUCUGAACAUUUUAGCUGAAACUGCUGAUGGAGAAGCAUUUAAAGAAGGGAAUUCAGUGAAUCUUACCUGCAUCAACAAUUGUGAUGACAUCAAUACCUCAUCUGCGUACUCCUGGUUUAAAGAUGGGGAAAGCAUAAAUGAAGGACAUGUACUUCAUUUAACAAAUGUGUCGACUAAACAUUCAGGAAACUACACCUGCUCCCUUAAGUUGCAAAAGGACACAACUUCAGAAGUCUUUCGUCUUGAUGUUGAAUAUGGACCCAAAAACACAUCUGUGCUCAUCCGGUCAUCAUCUGAAGCAGACACUAAUGGCAGCAUCAUCCUGAUCUGCAGCAGUGAUGCACAGCCCCCUGUGCGGAAUUACAGUUGGUUUGAAAUAGUUGAUGGUCAGUUGCUGAAUGUUGGACAUCAGGCUGAGAUGUUUCCAGAACACAGUGGCCAGUAUUUAUGCAGCGUCUCCCACAAACAUGGAAGUCAGAACUCCACUGUUUUCACCCUGAAGAUGAAGAGUGAGUACUGGACUUUUCUGAGAGACGUACUUGUCACCAUUACAGUUGCCAUUGUUUUAGUCAUGACUGCUAUUAUUGCUGUUUGUAGGAUUACCAAAAACAAAAGGAAAAAACCAGAAGCAGCACAUCAGGAGGAAAGACAGUAUGUGAGGACACAGAGCCGUGUCUCAGACAGGUUGGUCUGCAGUACAGGGGUCCCAAAGGGAACAGUGCUGGUACCGUUCCUCUUCACCCUCUACUCUACAGGGUUCUCCAUCAACUCCCCACACUGCCACCUCCAGAAGUUCCCUGAGGACUUUGUCAUAGUUAUCACAUUGUGUCACCACUUCUGCUACAACAUUUUGCUGCUGAUGUAA